AUGGUUGCUGAGCACUUUUGGUAUUGCAUGGGUGUGAGAGGGGACUGGAAGGCUUUCUGCCAGAUGCUGUGUCUCACGCGCGAGCCCGCCAAGAACGAGGUGUGCUGGAUUUGCCACGCUACUAAGGGAAAUGACGGAAACCUAGACCUAGCAUACACCAACACGGAGUGUCGCUGGAAAGGAACUGAAUAUCAAAGCCUUCCAUGGGACCAUCCUGACCCAGUGCUUACAGAGCUUGCAGGAUUCGAUAUAAGAAUGGCACACCCUGACCUGCUUCAUUGCUGGCACCUUGGUGUGGGCAGAGACCUCUUGGGCGCAGCUUUAAAGGUUCUUAUCAAGAGCCAGUAUUUCCCUGGUCGGACCCACAAGCAAAGGCUAGCAGCAGCAACUUCCAGUUUGAAGCGCUUCGUGAAGAACCACAAACUCAGUUUUUCAAAGAAAAAACUCUCAAAACCAAUGAUGAAUUGGACUUCCCAUGAGUUCCCCGAGCUGCGAACAAAAGGUGCAGAUACUUUUGCUAUCGGUAUGUGGCUAGCCCACCUUGUGGAGACGAACCCUCCCGCUGGAUUGAACGAUCUGUCGACGGCGCUUUGGACAAGCAACAACGUGCUCACAAUUCUUGCGAGGAACAAGACAUUUUUCCUCUCGGACCAAGAGCGUCACCAAGUGAAUGUAUUGGGGAGGUUGUUCAUCGACACCUACAUCCGUCUAGCCCAUCAGGCGAUCCUUUCUGGCGAACGGCUGUAUCGAACGCGGCCUAAGUUUCAUCUUGUGCAACACGUUUUCCUAAGUGAAAGGAGUCUUAACUAUCAGAGAUAUGCUACCUGGGUCGAUGAGGAUGCCAAUAAGAAACUCAUGAAGAUCAAUCGAUCUACUCACCGCCGAACAGCGGCCAAACGUGUGCUGGAGCGUUGGCUAGUUGGAGUGCCAACUAGGUUGGCGAAGCUUCGAAGCUAA